AUGAGUAAACAAAGCGCACAAGUGAUCCAGUACGGGAGCAGGGAAAGCGAUGACUAUUCAAGUGACUCAGAUAUCUAUAGUGAUAAUAUAUCCGAAAGUGGGUCAGAAAAUUGCAGUGAUUAUAGUUCUGACUAUGAGUCAGAUACUGAGACUACUAUUAAGUCUCCAAUACUCCAACCCCCUAAAGUAGAAGAACAAGUGUCUAAUACGACAUCAUCCACAGAGCAAGCGAGUCCCACAUAUCCUAAACGGCAAGAAAGAUUCAAUGAUAAAUUUAUCAAAAAAGAUGUGAUGAAUAAAAUUUGUAAAAUCGUUUCUUCACCUGCCAGAGAUAUGUCAAACAAUAAAGAAUCAUUAGAAGAUAUACAUUUAUGGGAUUAUCUCUUACCUAAUGACAGAGCAAAAGAAGGAAUUAGUCUGCUCGAUGCAUAUACACGGAAGGAAUUAACCAAUAGAUUGAUUAUCCAAAUUGACCAAAAAGAUAAACAAGCACCAAAGUUCUCCGUCAUAGAUGAUAUAUGGGUUACCUGGAAUUCAUGA